UUCGGCUCAAAUUCAAUAAACUCUUUUUCAAAUGAAGAGCUAAAUUCGAUAUUAGGUGGUCACUCUAGAAAUCUAAAAAUCAUUAAAAAAAUUGAAAAUCCAAAAUUCAAUCUUAAAUCUCCCUAUCUUAAGAACGAUCUAAGUGGUGAGACUUCGCCUAACUGGAAUUUCAAUGGAGACAUCCUCAUCAGAAACAACAAAUAUGUCAGAUUAACCUCGGAGCAAAAACACCAAUCUUCAAGAGUUUUUUCAAAUUCAAAGAUUAACGAAACAUCAUUCGAACUAGAAUUCUACCUCUCCAUCAAUGGUAAAGGAAUGGUCAACGGUUUGCAUGGCGAUGGUAUGGCUAUUUUCCUAUCAACUGAACAAUUAGGAAAGGGUCCUGUAAUGGGUGCCCAAGAAAAUUUCAAUGGUUUAUCCAUUAUCGUCGACACUUAUAAAAAUGGUCGAGCUGGCGUCUUUCCCUAUGUUCAAGCUUGGCUCAAUGAUGGAACCCAAUCCUAUGAUAAAGAUAACGAUGGUAAAGCCAAUGAAAUAACUGGUUGUGUUGGUAGAAGUCUUUGGAACCCCAAACAGGGUGUGGUUAAAGCAAGACUCUUUUAUGUCCAAGAUGGUUACAUCUCUCUAGAUUUCGACUAUAGAAAUGAUGAAAACUGGAAAAAUUGCUUUACCUUACAAGAUAUUUUCUUACCAAAGGAUUUCUAUCUAGGUUUCUCAGCUCAAACUGGUGAUUUAUAUCAAAAUGUCGAUUUGGUUGAAACUCAUCUUUACUCUCUUUAUAAAUUCAAUGAUGAGCCAAUUGAUGAAUUUAAUGACCUACUUCAAAUCAUGAGCGACCCCGAUCCAAAUUCUCCCGAUAAAUUUGAAGACGCAAUUGAAGAAGUUAUCAUUGAUAGAAAUACUAGAAGAUCAAGAAAAAUUAGUAAAAGAAGAGACUCAAGACAACAAAAGAGAACAUUAAGAAGAUUACAAGCUUCUGAAAGAAGAAUUAAAAAAGAAGCCGAACUAAGAAAACUACAGAGAAAGCAAAAAAUAAAAAGCUUUUUUAAAUUUGUUAAAAACAUCCUAUUAUUCAUUAUCGCAUCCUUUAUUCUUUAUGUUGUUUACGUUUAUAUCAAAGUUCAAAUGAGAAAUAAAAAAAGACAAUAUAAAAACGUUGGCCUUUUAUGA